GGAUUUCCUAACACGUCUCGAGCGCGCCUGAGGGCAUUUGCAAAGCACUAGGCGAUGAAGAAAUGUGGAGUCGACUGGUAAUUGCUACGAUAGAGUCUCACGAGUCUCAGAAAUGAUUCAAGCAAAUCGGAGUCCUCAGUUUUCCUCAGAUUAUCGUAUUCUAAGAGCGAUUACAUGCAUCUGUUCUGGGUACCAUUGAUUUUCAGGGAAGACCAUCAAUAUUCGAAGAGAUAAGAAGCCUGAUUGAUAUUUCAGAUCCAGAAUUAUGGUUCUUUUGAGUCAUGCUUGCUUGCAUCCUCCUGCACCUCCGCCCCACCCUCUAAAGCAGUAAAGAGAUAAAUUGGCUACAUAAAGAUGGCUAUUUUGGUUGCCUACCUCAAUCUUCAAAAUUCUCUCCUCCCUCAAGUCAUGACUGGCAGAAUCUGUGCGAAUACUGACAUCAUGAGUAUGCUGUCGCUUCCUAGAGAGAUGCACAUUUUAUUGGGGGAACACCUUGAUAUUAAGACUUUGGCAUGCCUGGUGCGCAUUUGCCGUGGCUUUCGGGAUGUAUUCACGCCGAUGUUGUAUGCGCGAUGGUAUUCGCGAUUGAUACUUGAUGGACUACGGGGAUCCGUAACGUUUCCUUUAUCAUCAAACAUUUCGUUGGCGAAGGAAGUGGAGAUCGAAAUUGUUGGUUGGGAUGAAACUGAUGAUGGGGAGGACCAGGAAGAUGAGGAAGUCCAGCGUUAUCGCGAGGAACGUAUUUCACAGGUUAAAAACACCUGUGCAGAUCAUAUAACGCGAGCCGUGGAGCUGGGGGCUGAUCAAUGAGGCAGACGACGAUAUUUUGUUCCACGCCUUUACAGAAGAAGGCUUUCGAAAAGCUUUGCAGGCAUGUACAAAGCUUACAAGGCUUCACAUGAAUGUUAGUCCAGAUAAAACAAUCAUUUCACAACAGUUUCAAGGUCUAUCAUUUCUCUAGCUUCACAAUUUCUGCGGCGAAAUGAAUGAAGUAGAGGAUAUUGCAAGACCGCUGUCCAGAUGUCCCCACCUCAAGUUCUGGUACUUGGACCUACAGACUAUGGAAAUUCGUUUAAGCCGUAUCAUCCA